AUGAAGUGGGGGAUUCAGGACUACGAUACAAUAGUGGACAGGGACGUCGGGAGGAGGGUGACACGCAAAGUCGCAAAGGCAAUUCGUGAAGGGGCUUCAAUACCCAACGAGAGUCUGUCGUACCGCGGUCACCAAGAGAUGCGCGGGAGCACAACCGUGGCGUCCAAUCCGAGUAUGACACCGGAUAGUAUGGUGUCAUCAACCGGGUCGGAGAUCACCGCAAAGGCUGAUAUUCAACCUGAGGAGGACUCCGAGGAGGAAGAGACGACGGAAGUCGGUACUCUCCUCAACUCGGAGGAUGACCAGCUCGCAGUACAGAGCAACGGCAUCGGAGGACAUGAUGCCGUAGAGGGGGACUUGGGAGCGGAUGAAAGCGCUUUGGUCCCCUCUAACCAAUGGAAGGUGGUACAAGCGCGAUGCGGACCAGAGCCGCAGACUACAGGCAUUCUGCCUGUGGUAACGCGCUAUUUCCCGUCCUGGUUCGACCUAUGCGACUUAGACGACCAGCUCGGUCCUAUCCUAACCGAAUGGUCGAUGAGCAUGGCUGAGAGUCCUCUCCUCCCUGAGGUUCCCAGUGGGGGCACCUCACUGCUGGAUGAAUUCUGGCAGGAGGUGGAUUCUAGCGACGAGGACAGCGAGUUGCAAUGUGCAAUAGCCGAGUCCAUUUAA